UUCCUGUCCCGGCCGCUCCCAGCGAGCCUUUUGCAGCCCGCCGGGGCGGGACCCGGCACCGCCCGGCCUGCGGGAGGGACCGGCCGAGCCGAGGGGCCGCGCUCCCCGCCAUGCAGCGCCGUCCGCCGCGCGCCGCGCUCGGCACCAGCAGGCAAAUUCAGAAUACGCACACGGGGCUGGAUUUGUCAGUACCAGAAUAUCAGGAAAUCCGUGGGAAAAUGAUGUCUGGCCAUGUAGAGUAUCACAUCGUCGUUGUUACCCAACUGGCUGCCUUCAAAUCAGCAAAGCACAAGCCUGAAGAUGUAGUUCAAUUUAUGGUGUCCAAGAAGUACAGCGAGAUAGAGGAGCUCUAUCAGAAACUGGCAGCACGAUAUCCGCAGGUUUCUCUUCCACUCUUGCCUAGAAAAGUUCUCUUCGUGGGGGAAUCCGACAUCUGCGAACGAAGAGCUAUGUUCAAUGAUAUCAUGAAAUUCAUCUCAAAAAACGAGGACCUAGCAACGAGUCCUGAGUUACUGGAAUUUUUAGGAACAAAAUCUACUGCUACUACUGCCAUUGACAUCAAGGGUAAAAACAUUCCUGAUAAUGAGAAAGAAGACGAAGAGAAUGAGGCAUUGGAUUUUUUCGAGGAGGAGAAGACACCUGACUUAAUCUCACAGUUUUCGUCAGUGGAAGAUGCCAAAAAAGCGGAGAAAAAAGAGGAGGAAGAGGAGGAGGAAGAGGAAGAAGAUUUAGACCCUCUUGGUCUAAUAAGAACUAAGAAAACAAAGAAGGCAUCUACUCCUCCAAACAAGAAAGAGAAGCCCAAAUUAACCUUUUUUGAAGAGGACAUAGACCCAGACGAAGGACUCUUUGGCCCAGAAAAGGAUUUCUCAUCAAUUGGUCCUAGGAAGCAGAUAAAAGAAAAUCUGAAAUUAUUCAAAGAUCCAGACCUCGGUGGAGUGGUAAGACUGGGUGACUCGCUACUGCUGCCAGCUGCCUGUGAGAAUAGGGAGUAUGUGCUGAACGAGGGUCCCGAGGAGGACACGGAGGAACUGCUGAGAGUUGAAGACGAUUUAGACAAACUCUUGAAAGUAGCCUCCAAACCAAAACCUAAGAUACCACCAAAACCACUGUUGCCUCAGAAGCCAGCAGUUCCCCCCAGGAGCACUGAUUCAUCUCCACUGGCAAAGCCAAAGGAAAACAAGAUUCAGACAAUGAAUGAAGUGGACAUUCUCCGGUAUAUCCAGGAAAAUGAAUCUAUUGAAAACCAAGAUACAAGUCUUUUUUGAACAUACGUAUUUUUAACAUGUGAUGAUGCCUUCUUGACCUACACUUCCAGUGAGCUCCGGUGAGGGUAGCAAGAACUGACCAGAUCUCUUUGCUGUCACACAUGAACCAUCAUAGAGAGAGCGGCAGGUUUGACUAGCAGAGGUGUGACACGAUGUUUUCAAAACAAUUCAGUUGUGGUAUAGUGUUGCCUUAGAUUUUCAGGGUUUUACAGGGAAUGCGGACAUGGACAUAGAACUACGGAUGAGCUACUCCUAUUUCAGCAUCAACAUAGUACAGUUUUGGCCAAUCCCAACUGAAAAUGGUAAGCGUCUUGCACACACGGCAGCUAUGAAUAGUGUCUAACAAAGGGUGUGAGGCAGGACAAGAUACUGUUCCUGUCAUUUUAGACAGUGUAUUUCAGCUCACUGGAGAGGUAAUUUUCCUUUUAUCUUCUGCAUUUUCGUAGCGGCUCUUUUCUCCCUGGCUGGUAUUUCAGUAAUUUCUAACCAGGAACUGUUAAGUAUAGGGAACAGUUUCUCUGUGGUUCAGAGAAACACUGAAGUCCCAACUAAGCCUGACAAUCUGCUGCCUUCGUUGUAGCACAAAUGCCAACUUGUGAGUGAAGCCGUAGGUUUGCAGACACUAUAUACUAUGCAUCUCUGACCCCUGGGGAGAACAGUAAAUGGCCGAGGAUGGCUGAGAUGGCAGCACCAGGCAUAUGCGGAGGUUGCAGCCUGUACGAGGUUUGGAUGUGGUAGGAUACUUGUGAACCUACUCGAGAUUCAUAAGGGCUAAAUUUUUCCAGCCAAGUCUUCCUUGGCUUCCACUGUAGUUGGGAGAGAGAGAGAGAGGUUGCUCCAGCAGGUGAUUCAGUGCAGGGGCCCUGAUGGAGGUACUCUGAAUUACUCUCUGGAGUCACUGACUCUCUUUCACCUUCUCCCAGAACUCAAAGAAGAAGCCAUGGUGAUUAAUUCCACUAAGAUAAAAUGAGUGUUUUGACCAAACAGUGUUCAGUUCUUUAGUAUGACAGUGGUUGAAACAAGGGAGGACAAACUUGGGAUUAUCCAGUUUGGAGGAAAAAACAGAAAGAAAAUAUACUGGAGAAAUUUUAAUAUACAGGAAAAUGAAAACAUGGUAGAAUUAGGCAUCCCAGACUGCAUCCCUCUCAGGCUUAAUAUUCUGAAUUUACAUCUGAUGUGGAUUGAUACUGCUAUCAGAUAGAAAGAGAUUCCUGAACUCAUGCUGCAUGUGUUCUAUCCAUAUGUGAAGUCAAGCUCCCCGGAGGGAAAAUAUUGAUAUAUUGAAGCCAUAUCACUAUCCUUAAAUUUGCCUUUCUAAUAUGGAACAAAAUAAAUAGAAAGCAUUAUAUCUAUUUUUUUAAUAAUGAAAUGAUCUCUAUUAGUGUUUCCUUUUUAAGCCAAUGGAAGAGAAGAGAAAGGUAUUUUGGUUUGAUGGAACAGAUAGAACAUAACUGUUGGCUCUUGUCUAUGUACAGUAUGUUUCAGUAUAAUAAAACAUUUUGCUAGCCCGCAGGUGUUA